AAAAUAUUUAUCUCCUCAGAGGGACUGUUUCCUGAAGACAUUAUGUUCAUCAGACAUUCGCUCGCCUUGGCAUAAAGCAAGACAAUUUGAGACCCACAACCAUCCCAACCAGUGGAAACAGCAGGCGGCAGCAAAGAAGAGAUGGCUCUGAACGAGACAGGAAGCUUCUUCAACUAUUCAAACAUUGCGGCAGAAGUCAAGUGUGCCCCAGAUCGCAGGAACAGCCAAGUGAUUUUCUCCAUACUUUACACCAUCCUUUUCAUCGCUGGCCUUCUGAUGAACAGCCUGGCUAUUUGGGUGUUCUUUGAAAUACCAAGCAAGUCAAACUUCAUUGUGUACCUUAAGAAUACCGUCGUGGCCGAUGCACUAAUGAUACUGACUUUCCUGUUUAAGAUUAUCGUUGAGUCACGGUUCAGAACACCUGCGUUCCAAGUCUUUGUCUGUCAGGUUAGUUCAGUCAUCUUCUACCUGACUAUGUACAUUAGCAUCAUAUUCCUAGCACUGAUAAGCAUUGACCGCUACCAGAAGGCAGCAAAGCCAUUUGGCCGUUCUGCAUCGUGCAAACCCAGAACCGCCAAAAUUAUCUCGGCGUCCAUAUGGCUGUCUUUGUUUCUCUUGGCUUUGCCCAACAUGAUACUCUACAAGCGAAGUGCCAUAGCAUCAAACGAACGCAAGUGUUCCUUAUUCAAGACCGAGCUGGGCUUGAAGUGGCACGAAGUGGUGAACUUCAUCUGCCAGAUCAUCUUCUGGAGCAGCUUGGUGGUGAUAGUUGUCUGCUAUGCCCUGAUAAGCAGGGAACUUUAUAAAUCCUAUCAGAAAACGGGAGGCAGCUCCAAUCAAAGGAAGAAGAUCAACCUCAAUGUUUUCCUUGUGCUGGCUGUGUUCUUUACCUGUUUUGUGCCCUUUCAUUUUGCCAGGAUCCCGUACACAUUGAGCCAAACCCGAGAUGCCUUCAAGUGCUCAGUUAGAAUUGCCCUGUACUACAUCAAGGAAACUACACUCAGCAUGAUAGCGUUAAAUGCUUGCCUCGAUCCAUUAAUUUACUUUUUUCUAUGUCGAUCAUUCAGGAACAUGCUGUUCAAAAAGCUGAGAUUCUGCAAAAAGAGACUGCCAAAGACACAGAAAAAUGUACACUCAAGUACGGACACUUCACUCUAGAUUACAAGUCGACGUAACAAGCCUUUACUUUAGACUUGGACUUUAGAUAUACAGCGUGAACACGGGCCCAUCCGCCCACCGAAACUUCACCAACCAGCGAUCACCCCGUGCACUAGCACUA